AUGCCUCUUCCCCGACGUCGCUCAUCUUUCCUGGGACAGCCGUCCUCAGAUCGCCCAGCCACCGCUUCCUGCGGGCGGAUCAGCUCGGCCGGCACCAGUGCCCCCCGUGGCGUCUUCGUGGGCUCCGCCCCCCCAAUGGGUGGGACCUCCUGCCUGGGGACACGGGUGUCCCGGCGGGCUCUGGGUAUCAGCAGUGUGUUUCUGCAGGGGAUGAGGAGCAGCGCGGCGCCGGUGCUGCCCCGGGCCGGGGAGCGGACGGCAGGUCACGGUGCGGCAGCGGCCGGACUGAACAGCUGCCUGAUGGAGUACAGAGACAAAGUGAGAGCGCUGGAACAGCUGAACCAACAGCUGGAGGAACAGAUCCGACUCUGUCUGGACCGCAAAGCAUCCAGUGCUGGAGCCUGGGGGCCCCUCAGGAGAGACUGGGAGGACGUCUACAGACAGGUCAGUGAAGCCAUCCUGGAUAACGCUCGGUUGAUGCUGCAGACAGAGAACGUUCAGGCCAACGCUGAGGACUUCAAGGACAGGUACGAGAACGAGCAGCCGUUUAGGAAGGCAGUGGAGGAGGAGAUCAGCUCUCUGUACAAAGUGAUCGACGACGCCAACCUGACAAAAGCCGAGCUCGAGGACCAGAUGGAGAACAUGAGAGCUGAGCUGCGCAACCUGGAGCACAACCAUGAGCAGGAUGUGCGAGGCCUCUACAAUCAGAUGGCAGGACGUGAGGUGGACGAACCAGACGCUCCCAUAGAAACCAGUCUGGACCAGAUCCUGGCCUACAUCAGGAGCCACUGGGAGAAGAUGACGGAGAGAAACAGAGCCGAGACCGACAGCUACCUGGAGUGUAAGGAGGCGCAGUGUGUGAGCAGCAGACUGAGUCCUGAGGAGCAGCAGGUGGAGGCGCUGAAGGCAGAGUGUAACGACACCGGCUGCAAGAUCCAGAGUCUGCAGGCCGAGACAGAGUCUAUCAGAGCGCUGAAACGAGGUCUGGAGAACUCCCUGGGUGAUGCCCGACACUGGCACGACAUGGAGCUGCAGAACCUGGGCUCGGUGGUGGCCAAGCUGGAGGCGGAGCUGGCCGAUGUGCGCAGCGAGAUCGAACAGCAGCGCCGCGACUACGACACGCUGCUGAGCAACAAGCAGCGUCUGGAGCAGGAAAUCGGCAUGUACCACGGCAUCCUGGAUGGAGAGGAAGGCCGCUUCCAGCCCGCUGAGAUGCCGUGUUCAGGUCUGCAUUCAGAGCCUGAGGGAGCUGCCAGUGCUUCUGUUCCUCCAGACUCCAGGACCGACACUCCAGGACCUCCAGGACAGUGACCCCAGUGGAGGAUCUGAGGAGCAGACUCAAGUCCAGCAGAGACUUUGUGGAUGUUUGUGUUUAUUCAGACAAACGUGGACUCUGUGAGGUUGAACUGGUCUCUGCUGGAGGAUUUUCUAGCUGGUGACGUGUGCAGGUGUGAAUGAUGCUGAGAACCUGCAGCAGGAAGUCCAGAGUGAACAGUGAUCAACAGGAGGCAGCGAAUCAGAGUGAAGAUCUGAAGUCAUGUGAUCUGAAAGGGUUUCUGCUCUAUCAGUGAGUCCUCAGGUAAACCUGAUCCCAGAACACCUAGACCCGGCCUGAACUGGUGCUCAGGUCCAGACUGUAGAGGGUUCUGGGGUUCUGGAUUGCUUCGUUUGGACUUGAGUUGAGUGCUUCUGUAAGAAUUAAAACGCUUCGGGUCUCAGUUUAGUUUCCUGAAUCUCUAAAGUCCAAGGUGGUGAGUGUCAAGUUAGUGUUACCGUCACAACAGACACGACCGUGAGAGCGACGCAACAAACGUGUCAUGAUGUGCGUCAUCAUCCCGGGUCCAAGCGUCUCCUCUCCACAACAACACGCCUGAACCCUGGACCUGUCUUCUGUCUGCGUGACACGUGUGAAAGUACACUGAACACAUUUCCCACAAUGCAACUGGAUUUAUCAAUAAUAUACAGUAUUAUUCUGCGUUCACGUCACACAUGAUGUGGCGUAGAGAUACAAGGUGCUCGUGUUGCCUUCACGUCAGCAGCCUCACACCGUGAGUUGACGCCAUGACGGGAGGCGGCCAUGUUUGAUUGGUCAGAUCCUUCAGAGCGUUUACGACUCUUAGGACAGAAAACAUGGUAACAUACGAUAUGAAAUGUUGGCGCCUUCGUGCCUUUUCAGCGGUCCACUUCAGGGGAUGGAGUUACCUGCGAGACAUCAACACCACCUGGGAGUUAUUAUGUGGUCACAUGACCACUUGAUGACUGAGGUGACAGGGGUCCCUGAAUGCACCGUUAAACUAGUGUUCAAUACUUUUGACCUCUUCAUGAAAUAAAUAAAAACAACGCACCUAACAAACAGCAUGAGGACACGCUGACUCUGGUGUUUCAGAGGAUGUCAGGGGGACGGCGUUAAACUGGCUGUGAGGUACGUUUCCUCUCGUGUGGUGGGCGUGUCACAGGUGUUACCCAAUCAGCAGCGACGUGUAUGUAAACACCGCAGAGCGCCUGCGUAGCACGUUUAAAGAAGACCUCUGUCGGGGCUGAACGGGUGUGUGUUACCCGUUUCACUCUGAAGUGAUGACAUCACAGCAGGUGAUCGAUGAAACACUUUUUCUGAUAUUUUGCAGCUGAACUUUGAGGAUGAUGAUUGUUUCUGUUUGAGAUAAUAAAGGAGUUUACAGGUGAAA